UACCGUAUUGAUAUACGAUCCCGGGUCUCGGUGCUGGGUUUUAGUCCAUCCGUAUAACAAUAACAACAAAAAUGGCGUACGAGAAACCUGUUCCUGACCACAGAAGGAAGUGGGAUCGAGAUGAGUAUGAGAAAAUUGCAGCGGCAAGACUUGAAGAGGAGGAAAAGAAAGCCUUGGAGCGAGAGUUAUCUAGAGAAAAACCUGUAAAAAGGGAAUUACUGCAGCCAAGAGAGUAUAAGGUUGAUUUAGAUUCAAAGCUUGGUAAAUCUCAGGUUAUAACAAAAACAACACCAGCAAGCCAGCAAGGAGGGUACUAUUGCAAUGUAUGUGAUUGUGUUGUGAAAGAUUCAAUCAACUUUUUAGAUCACAUCAAUGGAAAGAAACAUCAGAGAAAUCUUGGAAUGUCAAUGAAAGUCGAAAGGUCUUCACUAGAACAAGUCAGAAAAAGGUUUGAGAUGAACAAACGCAAACUGGAAGAAAAGAAGAAAGAUUAUGAUUUUGAAGAGAGAAUCAAAGAAUUGAAAGAAGAGGAAGAAAAACAGAAAGCUUACAAGAAAGAGAAGCGGAAGGAACGUAAACGUAAAGCUGAUGGAGAUCUCGACCAGGAUGCUGAUCCAGAUAUGGCUGCCAUGAUGGGCUUCACAGGGUUUGGAGGCUCAAAGAAAUCAUAGCAGAUCAUUGACUUUAGAAUUACUUUCAUAUGUGAUAAAUUGAUGAAUGGGCGAAUGUGUUUAGUCACUUGCAUGGUUUUAAGGGAGACAGUCAUUUUGUUCAGUGACAGUAUGCAUCUUGUAUCUUUCAUUAUUGUGCCCUUGUUCAUAUUUUAACAAACAAUGUGUCUGUUGUAGAAUACAUCUUUUUCAAGAUUCAAAGGCUGUUUAGGCAAAAUUGGUCUUUCUGUUGAAGAGUGUGUCAUGCAAAGAAAAGAAAUUACUAUUAAAGAAUGACACUUUUUAUUACAUUUUAGAAGUUAUUUAUAUAGACAUGUUGAAAAUGAUUGUACAUGUGUAAAUAAAUAUUAUAUACUGUGAAAUAAUUUUUAAGUUUUGUACUUCUAAAAUUUCAUGUUUUUUUAAUCCAUGAAAUUAUAUCCCAAAGUUCAAACAAAAUUCCCAGACAUUCACCACAGUUCAUAUCCCCAUAAAACAGCCAUUUUAAUCUAAGCUAUGAAAUUCCGUGCCCACGAAAUUAAUUUCAUUAAAGCAACUAACCCACACAUCGUGGUGUGAGAAUUUAUAAAAUCAAACAUCUAUAUUCACCUUUAUGUUGCAUAUUUAAUGUUCUAACAAUGAAUUUUUCAUCGAAUUCUGUUCAAAAUCGUUUUCCUAAUAAAUCAAAAAUAAAAACA